UUGAUGCAACUGUCAUUGGUGAAUCUGAGUAGGGUGCGACAAGACAGACGUCCGUUAUAUCGACGUAUUUUAACGAAUCGAAGACUGGAUAUUGCGCAUAAAACCGCCGUGCGAACGAUUCUCGGUUUCAUUCUCUUCAGCACCUCGUAUUGUGUGGUGAACGGAAUUAUUUACUACCAAUACAUACGGCCAAUAAAGCAAGAAGAAAAGGAACUACUCGAGAGAGAGUUGAUUGAAGCCGAUAGGGCUGGAUUCGCGAUGAAACUUAUUCAUCAGUUCCUGUUCAAAGUCAACAGCCGCUUGUCUUACGUUUUCGUGUUUGGUAUCUUUGCUGGUGCUGGAUUUGAACUUUUCAAGAUUCAUUUUAAAUUCCGUGGUGUCUCAUAUUAUUCAGUCUACAAGGAUAAACAGCUGCACAAACAACUGGAAUCGUUCGAGAAUGGCCUUCGAGAAACCGACAGAAUAAUUGCCAAUUCUCCAGAGUUCGCCAAUAUUCGAAGAAUGGAUGCGCCACCGUAA